AGGUUUUGAAAGCUCGGAUCCAUUUUUUUCAACGUUCCCGAUGGCAACCUCCAACUCGGGGCUGCGCUCGGAGGGCUUACUGCCGGCAGUCGGGGUGGGCGCCUGCGUCUACUUCGCGCUCAGCGCGGUGUCCCUGGGCACGCUGGGCCUGGUGGGCGUGGGCGCGGGGGUGGGCUACGGCGUGGGCAGCUGGGCCAUGGAUCGGCUCAAGCAGAAGCGCUGCGAGAAGCAGAUGGACAGGCUCCCGGCGGAGCUGAAGGCGGCCCUGGGCCAGUGGCAGGCCUUCCUGGCCGCGCGGUGCCCCAACCGCCAGCCCUCUGCCGCGGAGGCGGAGGGGCUCUUCGCGGAGUUUGCGCAGAUCGAGCCCUUCUGCGCGCAGCAGGUGCAGCAGUUCGUCGUGGUCCAUGGCGGCAGCACCAGCCGCGGUCAGCCGGCCGCAGAAGUGUGAAACCAGUCUGCGCGCGCUGCGCGCUUGUUUGCGAGCGGUCGCGUGGCCGUUGGCCGGACAUAGGUCUGUCCCAAAAUAGCGGAACCUUUUUGGCUGGUUUUAAAGGGAAACCAAAAGGAAACCGACCUCCUGGAAGGAUCUGCAAUCCUCAGUUGGAUCUCUGGGAGUUGAGCACUGGUUCCCUGGGAUUGGAAU